UCUGCGCCAGCAGAGAACGAAGGUGAUCCAGAGCCAAGAUGGCUGUCCUCUCAAAGGAAUAUGGUCUCGUGGUUUUAACCGGUGUCGCCAGCUUCAUGAUGGUGGGCCAUCUAGCCAUCAAUGUCGCCAAGGCCCGCAAGAAGUACAAGGUGGAGUAUCCUACCAUGUACAGCACGGACCCAGAAAACGGGCACCUCUUCAACUGCAUUCAGCGAGCCCACCAGAACACGUUGGAAGUAUAUCCUCCCUUCUUAUUUUUCCUCGCUGUUGGAGGUGUUUACCACCCGCGAAUAGUGUCUGGCUUGGGCAUGGCCUGGAUUAUUGGACGAGUUCUUUAUGCUUAUGGCUAUUACACAGGAGAACCCAGCAAGCGGAGUCGAGGAGCCCUGGGGUCCAUCGCCCUCCUUGGCUUGAUGGGCACAACCGUGUGCUCAGCUUUCCAGCAUCUCGGCUGGGUUAAAACUGGUUUGGGUGGUGGGUCCAAAUGCCAUUGAAGAGUUAGAGGUUUAAAGCUUCUCAUUCAUCUUGAAUGUCUUACCUUAAUUUUCAGUUACAUAAUUUUUUUUUUCUAAAUAUAAUAAAACCUGUCUGGCGUCAGCCUCAUAC